AUGCUACCAGUCCUGAUUCUCCUGACCUUUCUUCUGCCACUAGGAGCUGGAGCAGAGGAAAUCAUCGGGGGCCAUGAAGUCAAGUCCCACUCCCGCCCCUACAUGGCCUUUAUUGCAUCCACGGAUACCAACAGGAGUAAAAAUUUUUGUGGAGGCUUCCUGAUUCAAUAUAAGUUCGUGCUAACAGCUGCUCACUGCAGAGAAAUUUCAAUGAUAGUCAUACUGGGGGCCCACAACAUCAGUGCACAGGAGAGGACCCAGCAGAUCAUCCCUGUGGAAAAAGCUAUUCCCCACCCAGCCUAUAAUCCCAUGGACCAUACCAAUGACAUCAUGCUAUUAAAGCUGAAGAGAAAGGCCAAGAAGACUAAAUCUGUGAGGAUCCUCAAUCUACCCAUGCGCCAUGCCCGUCUGAAGCCUGGGGUUCUGUGUCACGUGGCUGGCUGGGGAUUAAUGUCUCUCAAUGCCACUAAAAGACCUGCCCUCUUACAAGAGGCUGAACUGAUCAUCCAGGAGGACCAUGAAUGCAAAAACGUUUUCCGUCACUAUUCUGAGACCACAGAGAUUUGUGCUGGAGACCCAAAGAAAAUACAGGAUAUUUUCCAGGGUGACUCUGGGGGACCCCUGGUGUGUGACAACAAAGCUUACGGAGUUGUAUCCUAUGGAAAAAGGAGGAGGAUCACUUCAGGAAUCUUUACCAAGGUUGUGUACUUCCUGCCGUGGAUAAGCAGAAAAAUGAAACUCCUCUAAC